AUGCAAACAAGCUUGAACAGGUUUUCGGAUGCUUGUGACAACUUUGGUUUGACAAUAAGCACUAAGAAAACUGAAGUCAUGUUCCAGCCGGCACCAAACCUCUCUUAUACUGAGCCCAACAUCUACAUCAAAUCUGAGCGCCUCAAACCUGUGGAAAAGUUUACAUAUCUUGGCUGCACACUAUCCAGAAAUGUCCAUAUUGAUGAUGAAGUUAACUCACGCAUAGCUAAAGCAAGCUCUGCCUUUGGUCGCCUAAACAAAGCAGUAUGGGGCCGACGAGGCAUUACCACAACAACAAAGCUGAGUGUGUACAGAGCAGUUGUACUGACAACUUUACUUUAUGCCUGUGAGACUUGGACGGUGUACUCAAGACACACCAGGAAACUAAACCAUUUCCAUACAGUUUGUCUCCGGAAAAUAUUGGGCAUUAAAUGGCAAGACAGGAUCCCAGAUACAGAGGUUCUUAACCGGUGCCUGGCGCUCAAGCGUGAUGAUGGGGCAAACCAGUAUCAAAAAGAGAUGAAGCAACUGGCUGAGCAAAAACGCACAAAGCGAAAGGAGAGAGCAGCCUCUGUUGACACUCCACUAGGACCCUCAUGCCCAGUUUGUGGAAGGACGUUCCAUGCAAAGAUUGGACUUACCAGCCAUCUUCGCAUUCACAAAAACUAA